AUGUCAUGAAGAUAUAAAAUUAGCGAAGGUCGAUGGUAUAAACUUGCCUCUAAUUAUGAUGCAUGAAGUGCAGGGCAGGUCGGUCCUUUAUUUAAGAAUUACGUAUUUUUAUGGAGCCUUGUCACAAAUAAAGUGUAUAUCUAUGAUAUUGAUAUAGACUCGUUUUCAAAUCUAUCAAUCCCAUCAAUAACGCAAUGUAAAUUAUUUAUUAUUGGUAGUGAAAAUAUUUAUGCAAUUAGCAAUGAAGAAUAUUUAUAUGAAAAUAACGGAGAUUUAAGUGACUGAAAAAUUCUUGGGAAAUUAUAUGUUAGAGGAUGCAGUUUUGAGAUGAAGAGUUCACCAAUUUAUUAUGAAGAAAAAGUUUAUUAUGCAAACUGAUCAGGCAUUUUCAGAUUUAAUUUAAAGAAAAAGAAGCUGAAAAAUGUUAUAUAUUUUAAUAAAUUAGCUGAAGAAUAA